AUGUCAGCUCCUCCUCGCUUCCUCAGCAGCGUUCAUGCUGAAUACUGCGAUGAUGACCCUGUCAAAGAAUUGAACGGUACGAAAGACGAUGUACCAGUGGCUCAAAUUAUGCAGCUGACGGGUCGAGCUGGCAACUACAAUGACUAUGCGCCUGUCGUGACGUGCAUGGACACCACUAUUCGAAAUCAGGUCAUUCCUGUGGGAACAUUGUUCGUGCAGAGAGACCAGAUUCUCCUCCUUGCCUCUCAGAUCGAAUUUCAGACGACCACGAUCACUAACAACUGCAUAGUUUGGUUGCGAGAGCUGCUGGUGGCCAUGGUUGACGAGGAACUCAUCACUCAGGCAAAGUUCGGUGAAACAGUCGAGGUGAACCCUCUCCCAGGAGCAACGAUUGGUGUUCACAGUGCACAUCCCAGCUGUUCAUGA